AGAGAGAGAGAGAGGUGGAGGAGUCGGUACCAAUCAUAGAUAGGUUACAGAUGCGCCUUAAAGUCGACCUUACAUUAGCCUAUAUUAUUAAGCUUAACAUUCAGGGUGUUUUCCUCCACGUUACGUCUUGAUUGGUUAUCAGUAUUUAGCAUAACCCGCAUGCUGAGAGACAAUCAUCCCACAUCUUCUUCUUGAAACAAACUCGCUCUGCGAAAGCGAAGAGGAGGGACCGGGGCGCAUCGGCUCUGCACACACUCACACACACACACUGCUUUUUAUUGUGUCAAAUAAGAAGCUAAUUGACAAAAGCCGGUAUACGAACAGCAGGGGCUGUAGCCGACAGGAGGUGGACUAGUGCAAUGAUGACGGGCAAAUCUGUGAAAGACGUGGACAGAUACCAGGCUGUCCUCAACUCUUUACUGGCGCUGGAAGAGAAUAAAUUCUGCGCUGAUUGCGAAUCCAAAGGUCCAAGAUGGGCAUCCUGGAAUUUGGGCAUCUUCGUCUGUAUCCGCUGUGCUGGUAUCCAUCGAAACCUGGGGGUCCACAUCUCCAAGGUCAAGUCUGUCAAUCUGGACCAGUGGACGCAGGAGCAGGUCCAGUGUGUUCAGGAGAUGGGAAAUGCCAAAGCCAAGCGUCUCUAUGAGGCUUUCUUACCCAAGUGUUUUCAGCACCCCGAGACGGACCAGUCUGCAGAGAUCUUCAUCAGGGACAAGUAUGACAAGAAGAAGUACAUGGAUAAGGUCAUUGACAUCCAGAUGCUUAGGAAAGAAAAGAGCUGUGACAAUAUACCCAAGGAACCCGUUGUGUUUGAGAAGAUGAAAUUGAAAAAAGACAUCAGCCCCAAGACAGAUCUCCAGUCUGUUACAGACCUGCUUGAAUUAGAUGGCCCUGCUCCAAGUGCUGCAGUGUCUAAUGGUGGAGGAUGCGUACCAGACGGUAAUGAGAGCCCGGCAGUGUCCAAUCCACCUCUGGCACACUCUGCACUGGAUCUCUUCAGCUCCUUGCCAGCACCCUCCUCUGCUUCCUCCAUUAAAACCACGCCUGUUUCCAGCUCCAUGCCUCAGAGCAGAGUGACUGCCUCGGUGCCUGACAACCUCAGUCUGUUCCUGCGUUCGGCACCCAAAGCAGAGGAGGGCACUGUCAAGAAACUGUCCAAGGACUCUAUUCUCUCCCUUUAUGCCUCCACCCCCUCAGUGCACGCCAGCAGUAUGUCGACUCACGCAGGCUUGUACAUGAACCAAAUGGGAUACCCAACGCACCCGUACGGAUCGUACCAUUCUUUAGCCCAGGCAGGUGGAAUGGGAGGUGCCAUGAUGACAUCCCAGAUGGCCAUGAUGGGACAGCAACAGAGCGGCAUGAAUAGAGUUCAACAGAACGGCAUGAUGGGACAGCAAGGCGCCAUGGCUCAGCCGAGUGCCGUUAUGGCGCCACCCUACAUGACGGGCAUGACCCAGGGUAUGAUGGGACAGCAGCAAAGUGGAAUAAUGGUACAGCAGCAGAAUGGCGUUAUGGGACAACAACAACAGAGUGGGAUGAUGGUACGGCAGCAGAGUGGCGUUAUGGGACAACAACAACAGAGUGGGGUGAUGGUACGGCAGCAGAGUGGCGUUAUGGGACAACAACAGAGUGGGGUGAUGGUACGGCAGCAUAGUGGUGUUAUGGGACAACAACAACAGAGUGGGAUGAUGGUACAGCAGCAUCAUGGCAUUAUGGGACAACAACAACAGAGUGGGGUGAUGGUACAGCAGCAGAGUGGUGUUAUGGGACAGCAGCAGGUUGGAGGUUUACCUCAUCAGCAGGGGUACGGAGUGCAACAUGCCCAGCAGCUACAGUGGAAUACGACCCAGAUGACUCAACAUGUGGCCGGCGUCAAUCUCUACAACACCAAAGGCAUGACGGGAUACAGCAGUCAACAGACGGGAGGCUCAACAACUCCAAGCUCAGCGCACAUGACGGCACACGUUUGGAAAUGAUUUCAUCUAUCCAGGAAGUGAUGUAAUGCCAAUGACCGACAAAAGAGAGGCAAACUGCAUUGUAGGAAUCUGUGGGUCAGACUCUCCAGGAGACAUUUUCUAAUGCAAGGGAGGGGGAAGAGGAGGAGGAGACAAGUGUGAAGAAGAUCAAGGUUUGGGAAACCACUACUACCUCUCUUUCCCUCUCCUCUCUGACCAUGCUUCCUCUUCUCGACACAUCCAUGGCCAUGUUUUGCAUAUUUCCAUGUUUGCCUUCAGAACAAUUUGGUAUGAUGUCCAAGACAACAGGGUUCAGAGGUUACACAUCUUUCUUUGUACCUAACAUGUUGGUGUGUGUGUGCACACAUCCGCUGUAUGUGGGUGUCAACAAACUGCUUUGACGUUUGUUUUUUGGAGAAUUUUAAAGUUUUUCUUACUUGAUCAGAAUCAGAAUUAAGAAGGUUAGCCUAGCUAAACUCAAUUGGUCUGUGUGCCUGAAUCUUGACAUUUAUUGGAACAAGAUGCAUUUCCCCCAAAAGGAUGGAAACAUACCUUGCUGCAAGGGUAAGGUUUAAUCAUUUUUAAUUUGUUGGAUAGUUCGACAUUUUAGGAAUUAUGCUUAUUUGCUUUUUUUGAUAAGCCUUCGAUGAAAAGAUUGAUACGAUACCCUUCUUGAGUCUGUACAUCAAAUAUGAGGCAACCACCAGCAGAUGGUUAGCUUAGCUUAGCAUAAAGACUGGAAACAGGAAAUAACAACUAGCCUGGCUCUGUCCGAAGACUUUGACUGUUUGCAGAUCAAAGAAAUGAUAUAUAAUGUGAUAAUCAAUAGGCUUUAGAUAUGUUGGAAGCUGGAUUUUGUACCUUGACAGGCUAGCUGUUUCCACCUUUUCCCAGUCUUUGCGCUAAACUGUCCGGCUGCUGGCAUUAGCUUCAUAUACCAUGUACACAUGAGAGUGCUAUUGAUGUUCUCUUCCAACUCUUGACAAGAAAGUAAAUUAGCGUUCAGUUUAGGUCAAAGCCAAAAUGUUAGUUUAACCUAGCAUUAGCAAAGUUUCUUAGAAUAUAAGUCACAACAGAAUCCUACAAUUAGCUUAAUAUUUAAGCCGCAACCAUAUUUGUGAAGGAGCAACUACGAAUGUUUUUCUAGCCAGCUUUUAAGCUCACAGAGGAGUUAAGAGUUCGAUACCUCAAGGUUUAAAGUGACGAAUCAUUUAAGGUUAGGGCAUUAAUGAAAUAGCCUAGCUCUGCAUAAGUAGGAAAAAAUUAUAAAAUCUUACAAGAAAACAUGUAUCCCCUUCCUAAAUACUUAUAUAUAAAAACAAUUAAGAAAUCCUUUUUCGUGUUGCCUCACAAGUUAAAGCAGCUACACAACCUACCUAAACAGCCCGUAUUAAUGAUGUCUUCUACCCAAUCAACAGAGGGCUUCUUUUAGAAUCAAUAUAUAAUCAGUGUCUAAAAUCCAAAACUGGAUUUGGGAGACCAAAGAUCAACGCUAGCUUUAUUAUGAUUGUACAGUAUUCCAAUGCUUUGUUACAUCUGUGCAGCCGCUUAACUAGUGAUUAGUGUAACAUUCAAUUCAGCAGUCCUUUUAAAGUAUGUUUGGUCAACCGUGCUCUUACAUGAUGAAUGUCUGGGAAUAUCAGUUCACUGUGCAACUUCCUCAGCAGGACACUCAAAAAGUCACUUGCAUGUAUGUAAAUGUUGAGGUAACGCUCACACACCUCAAGUUAAUCUACCUUGUACAAUAGAGGCCUCAAAUAAUGCUGAAUGUCUGUAAGUAAGAGAGAAAUAGAGGGAGAGGUGGGGACGGAGGCAAGAGACAACUUAAAGUACAAAUCCGCCAUGUUUCAGAUUCUUCCACUGAAUUGCAUGUAGAGAAUGUUUAUCUCUGAUUGUAUAUAUACUGUAUGUUUAUUGUGAUAUCUGAAUGUGUCUCUCUGAAUGUUCCUCUCUACAUGUCAAUCGGUCUCCGAUCGAGACCGAAAAAAUGUCUCAACGAAUGUGCGUCCUGAAUGUGUUUCACGACUGUACAGGACUCCUUUUUUGGAGACGCACACCUGAGUGUUGCUGGGGUGCGUUUGUUUUUUGAUAUUCUACGACUUUGUCAAGCAAUUUACACUGGUGUCUUUUGAAUUUUCUGUGGUUCAACUAUGUUUUAAUCUCAUGACGUCAAAUUAGGCGCCAAUUGUGACACGGCUGACGCAGUUGUAAAGCCUUUCACAACUCAGCAACUUCUCUUCUCUUCGAUUUUAGCUCUUUUUGUGGCAGUUGAGGCAACAGUGUGACUGCAGCAGUCACUUUCUCCGCUGAGAGCAAUAUCAUCAUAAGACAACGUGUCGUCUUCGCAGUGUAAUGGCAGAUCUGUCAGCUAGCAGUAUAAAUCUAUCUCUGUGGGCGAUACCUUUUAAGUUUAGUUUGCUUGUAUUCAGUUCCUUUUUUUUGUCUGCUAUUUUUUCUGUGAAAUAAGAGCAAUUAAAGGAAUGUAUCUUUUUAUGUACUUGUCAAUCAAGCUAUUGUGUACUUUAUUCUUUAUCAGAAUAUCUAUGUAUAGAGUGUUCCUUAAACAACAUUGAUGAACAUGUACUGUAUAUUAGUUCUGCAUUUCUUUUCACGUGCUUUGCCCCUUUUGAUUUUAUGUCUCCACAAGUUAGUCAAUUGCGUUUGAGAAUAUGUAACACAUGAUACUUGUCUUUGUGAAAAUAUACAAAAUAAAUAUUGUUUUGAUUAAAUUCUA